AUGCCAGAGCACUGUGCCGCAUAUUCGUGUUCAAAUCGUCGGACCGUGGAAAACAGGGCACGAGGGAUUACUUUUCACCAGCUUCCCAAAGACAAAGAUGUGAGGAAGAAGUGGGAGGUGGCUUUGAGGAGGGAAGGAUUCACUGCAAGUGAUUCCUCACUGCUUUGCUGUUUCCAUUUUAAGCAGGGCGAUUUUGAUAGGACAGGUCAGAUUGUCCCACUCAGAGAUGCUCUUAUUCCAUCCAUCUUCAGCUUCCCAGUUCACCUCCAAAGACCGGAAAAGGGCAGGAGUACAUCUACCUCCAGAAGAGCUGAAGAGAGCCUGUCCGUGGCCUCUCAGGAUGAUCCAGAAGCUGGAACCUCAGACCCACAACCUCAACCUAAUGAUGUGAGUAUUUCUACUGUAAACAUCAGAUCAUAA